UUUGGCAGAGAGACCAAAUUUUCGAUUUUCAAUGCCAGCACGCGCAUGACACAAUCCCAAGUGCGCCAUGACCCAUACCAAGGUUUGGGUGACGCCUGCCGAUGCUUACGACGAGGGUAAGGCCCUCACCGCCAAGUCGAGAGAGGUGGCCAAGAAGGAGCUCAGGGAAACCAAAAGCAGCAGGAAACAGGCGCUCGACGCGCUCCGCGAGUGGCUCAAGAAAAAUCCGAAAAUUGAGAAUUCCAGACUAGAUGCGUGCUUCCUGCUUCGUUUCCUGCGUGUGAAGAAGAUGAGCGUUCCGAUGGCGCAGGAAAAUCUGGAGCGCUACCUCCUGCUGAGGAUGUGCACGCACGUUUGGAAUUUCCAGAAUCUAGAUUGCAACCAGGCCGACCUGGAUGAGCUCAUCAGCCAAGGAUAUAUUUACCCCUCGCCGAAGAGAGACAAGUUCGGAAGAAGGAUCAUCAUCACUAUUCCCGGUAAAUUCAACCCGCGCAAGAACAAGAACACAGACAUGCUCCGCCUGCACGGUUUGGCCUACGAGACGAUUCUGGAGAAUGAAGAGGACCAGGUCAACGGGGUUGUGCACUUCGUGGACGGCGCCGGGGUGUCUUUCCCGUUUCUCACCCUCUUCACCCCCAGAGAGGCGGUCAGGAUUGCAAAAAACGCCGAGAGCACGCUUCCGAUGCGGCACAAAUUAAUCAUAGGUUUUAACGUGAACCCUGCCGUCAAAUUCGCGGUCGACUGGGGAAUGUCGCUGGUCUCCCCGAAAAUGAGGGACAGAGUGAAGCUCUUCACGAAUGUGGAAGACGCUUAUUCUAUAGUGGACAAAAAGCUUUUACCCGCGGAGUACGGAGGGGAAAUUCCUCAAGCAGAAAUGAUUCGUUUGUGGAAAACGGAGCUGAAAGAGAGGAGGGAAAAGCUGUUGGCGAACGACCUGAUGAAGGUCGACCUGCAGAUGUUCAGCGAAAAAGCGCGUCAGGGUGCCGUGUCCGCGAUUGCGAGUCAGGAGACGAGCUGCUCCAACGCCGCAGUCUUCGGAAUCAACGGCAGCUUCAGAAAACUCGAAGUGGAUUGAAAUUAUAUUCAGAAGUGCAACUCUCCAGUUGUAUAAACCACCAACAGAUGGCACCACCGUAUACUUUAGUAAUAAAUUUAAUUUUUAAGUCACUUCCACUGCGAUUUCAUACUAAAUCCUGCUAAUUGUGAAUUCUUCACUUAAUAUGCUUGAUUUUGACGUGCUGAAAACCAAAAUCGGUUCAGCCAAUCGCCGUAGAAUCGAGAAAAGCUAUUUUUUGAAAUAAAAAAAUCUUUUCCGACGUUUCUACGGCGAAUGGCUGGACUGAUUUUGAUUUUCAGCACGUCAAAAGAAAGUAAAUUUAGUGAAGAAUUCACAAUUAGCAGGAUUGAGUCUGAAAUCGCAGCGGAAGUGCAUUAAAAUUAAAUUUAUUACUAAAUUAUACAGUGGUGCCAUCUGUUCCUGGCUUCGAACACUGAGAGUUUAUGCAACUCUUUGUAAUUUAUGUCUAGCAUAUUGUAUACAAAUUAGAAUUAAUGUUUAUAAUAAACGCAUAUUGUAUGAUAUACCCAAAA